AUGGCUUUAUCACCUGAGAAAACACUUAUUCUUUCUGCCCUUCUAUUUUUAGUCAUGUGGGUAUCUCAAGUUACAUCACUAACUCUGAGUGACGCAAAUAUAUCAGAAAUUCACGAGCUCUGGAUGACUCGAUAUGGCCGUGUAUACAACGAUAAUGCAGAGAAGGAAAUGCGUCGCAAUAUAUUCAAGGAGAAUCUGGAGUUCAUAGAAUCAUUCAACUCUUUCAGAAAUCGUUCUUUCAGGCUGAGCAUUAACAAAUUUGCAGAUCAAACAAAUGACGAGUUCAAGGCCUCUCUUAAUGGGCACAAGUCUUCACACAAUCUGAAAUCAUCUCAAGUAACAUCCGUUAGGCAUGAAGAUAUUCUAACAGUGCCAGAUAGCUUAGACUGGAGGAAGAAUGGAGCUGUUACCGAUGUCAAGGAUCAAGGCACAUGUGGAAGUUGUUGGGCAUUUUCAGCAGUUGCUGCAAUGGAAGGAAUCGUUCAAAUAAGAACAGGAAAACUGAUUUCGUUAUCUGAGCAAGAGCUUGUUGAUUGUAACCGGGAUGCUGAUAGUGUCGGAUGCUCAGGAGGAAAUAAAGAAGAUGCCUUCAAAUAUGUUGUCAAGAGCAAAGGGAUCAACACCGAAGAUGGUUACCCUUAUCAAGGAGUAGAUGAAUCUUGCAACAUUACUAAAGAGGCUGUUGGAGCAGCCCACAUCACUGGUUAUGAGAUGCUACCAGCCAACAAUGAAGAGGCGCUGCUGAAUGCUCUAACCAAACAACCAAUAGCAGUUUCCAUAGAUGCAGGUAGUAUGGCAUUUCAGCUCUACUCAGAUGGUGUUUUUACAGGAGAAUGUGGGAGGGAUCUAAACCAUGAUGUGAUAGUGGUCGGAUAUGGCACAAAUGCUGAUGGCAUGAAGUAUUGGUUGGUGAAGAACUCAUGGGGUCCCUUUUGGGGUGAUGGUGGAUAUAUAAUGAUAGAACGGGAUGUCGGAGACAAAGAAGGAAUGUGUGGAAUUGCUAUGGAAUCUUCGUAUCCAACGCUUAAAAGCGGGGCUGAUUCAAAUUUAAAGACUUCUAUCCUUUUUGUGUUUCUUCUUGUAUCGUUUGUGAAUUCAUUUGUCCCACUUUAAUUGUAAGAUUGAAUAUUUUGGUGUAUAUUAUCAUUGAUAAAGUUAUUGUCAUGAUUGUGAUAUAAAUGAAGUAAUGAAAUUCUUGUCAUGAUUGUGUAUAUUAUCAUUAAUGAAGUUAUUGCCAUGACAAAACUCUCAAGAGGGUUACGAAUCCAACUGAUCCAAGCAAAAUCAAAUUCCUUACAUCUAGCAUUACACCAGAUUGUGGUAUAGAAAUUAGAUGGAAUAUACUGUUGUAAGUGUGAAAGCAGAUAACAUCGGUGAUGUAUAAUUAAGUGAUGUUGGCAUGAAUUAUAUUAAGGACUAGCUAAAAAUAGACAACCAAAAGAGCUACAAGAAAUUACAUUAAAAAAAAGAAUAAAAAAAACUAAAACUGGAAUACAACACCAAUAUUCAGUCAAUUAAAGGCUUGAAAA